GCGCCGCCUGUCUCCUUAGCAACACUCAUUCAUUCAUUGCUUCCUCUCACCUGUUUGAGUUUGAGCUCGUUAAUAACCAGCAACACUUAACCCCGCCCACCUGCUUUCACUGUCCAGGUGGGCUCGAUUUCAUCAUCAUCUUCUCUGUUUUUUCUUAGCAACGUGCGACGUGGGUGGGAUCAGGUGAGGCGGAAGUGAAGGCAACAGUCAAGACAGCCGCGCGCAGCUCACCUGUCUGCAGGUAAACAUCCAGAGCAGAAGGAGGAAAAGAAGAAAAAGAGAGAAAAUGAGUAAUCCCAUCCCGUCCAAUAUGAAGUCGGAGGCCAAGAAAGCCGCCAAGAUCCUGAGAGACUUCACGGAGAUCUCCAACAGGAACGGACCCGACAAACUCAUCCCCCCUCAUGUGAUAGCGAAGGCCGAGGGUCUCGCCAUCAUCUCCGUCAUCAAGGCCGGCUUCAUGAUCACAGCGAGAGGAGGCAGCGGCAUCGUCAUCGCCCGGCUGGCCGACAGACGUUGGUCGGCUCCUUCAGCCAUCGGCAUCGCUGGUCUGGGCGGAGGCUUUGAGAUCGGAGUAGAGGUGUCGGACCUGGUGAUCAUCCUGAACCAGCGGCGGGCCAUCGAGGCGUUCACUAAAGGCGGGAACCUGACGCUGGGAGGAAACUGCACGGUCGCCGUGGGACCGUUGGGCAGGAACGUUGAAGCCGACGUCGCUCUGCGCAGCACGGCCGCCGUCUUCACCUACUGCAGGUCCAGAGGUCUCUUUGCUGGGAUUUCUCUGGAGGGCUCGUACCUGAUCGAACGCAAAGAAACCAACCGCAAGUUCUACUCCCAGGACAUCCGAGCCUCGGCUAUUUUGAACGGUGACGUAGAUCCGCCGACUGAGUGCCACGAUCUUUACUACAUCCUGGACGCCUACGCCGAGGCCUACACCACCGACUGGACCAAGAAGAACAUGCCAGUAAAGUCGGUUCGUCCUCCAUCCAGACCUCCAGCUCCUCCAUCACAGAAAGCAUCGAGCAGCUCCCAGCAACAGUCCUCCAACACUGGUGGAGGACAAGCAGCGGGCGGGGCCAGCGGGCAGCUUGUUGUCACGGCAUCCCAUCCCUUUACAGGUCAGCAGCCUGGCGACCUGAGCUUCUCCCCCGGCGACCGCAUCACCAUCAUCACCAAGACCGAGUCCCAGUACGACUGGUGGGAAGGACAACUGGACAACGGACAGGUCGGCAUCUUCCCCGCUAACUUUGUCACGUAUUGAUCGCUGCCCCC